CUUGAUCAGUGAGUUGAGUCAGUCUUAAUUCUCACGUUCACCGCGAAUCUGUGAAAAUCAUUUUGAUAUUUUAGGAAGUUUAAUAUUUUAGGAGGUGUAUUUCGUGCCAAGAAAAAUUCUUCUGUGAGAAAUGUAUGCUGCAAUCUUUACUUUCGCACUUAUAGUAGCACAAGUUGCAGCAGAAAUACCCUCUUACAUUAAUGUAUGCGGCCGCAGAGAUCCAAAUCUCAAUCAAUGUAUUAUAAACAACGUAAACGAUUUGAAGAGUAAGAUUUGCGAAGGAAUUCCGGAAUUGGACGUUCCACCUAAUAACCCACUCGUCAUUGACGAACUAGUCAUUUCCGAUACAACCAACACCAAAUUAUAUAUGAGAGAUACGAAAGUGGGAGGUCUUUGUGAUUUCACCAUAAAAUUCUUUAAUUUUGAUCUCAAUACACUUCACUUUGAUGCUAAUAUCUCAUUCGGACUAAUUCAAAUGAAUGCCACAUAUGAUUUUGACGUACGUAUACUAGUACCCAUUGCUCAUAAGGGACAGGUUUACAUUACUACAGAUAAGGUCGACGCGCAAGUGGACAUAGACCUGAAAGUAAUCACUAAAGCCGCUAAAAGAUACAUGUAUUUGUCGAAGAUAAAGCUCAACGUCGAUAUCCAUGGAUACGAUGCUAAAUACGAUUUGAACGAAAGGGAAUUUGGUCAAUUGACCGAAAUUAUUAACAAUUUUAUAGGCAACAAUCAAGAAGAGGUUAUUAAAAGCUUUAAGCCGGUAUUAGAAGAAAUAAUCUCCAAACGGAUCCUAUUGGUUUCCAACGAUAUAGUUAAACACUUUACCUAUGAAGAGCUCUUCCCGGACAGAACAUAAAUUAAUUAUUAUUCCGUUCUAAUCUCCAUUGUUGCGAUAGUAAUCAAUAAUUAACGUUUAUAUAUAUGAUUAUCUAGCGAAAAUAAAACUUGCUUCGUCGAAUUUGAAAAUGUUGCAACAGAUUUUAUCGCGAUUAUUAUUUAAUAGAAACAUAGGAGCAAUCUUUUGAUAAUGCAAUUUGAAGUCCAAGGCGAUUAAAAAUAUUUUUUAUUUUAUCACUUUUCAUAUAAUUAUUUUACGUGUAAAUACACAAUACAAUAAUACUAAAAUGUCAAAGUAUUAUAAUACUAAAUU